AGAGUCUCUGUGCUGCUAUUCAACUUCAUCUCGAUCGUUGUAUCACGGUUACCUCAUACAAACCUAUAUAUAUGAAGAGAAAGAGAAAGAGAAAGAGAGAGAUUUGUCUCGAGGAUCGAAGCUUUAGGUGAAGGACGGCAAAUCAUCACAAUGGCGGGGGCCGCACCGGACAACAAAGGUCCUCGGUCCUCACGGCCCUACCUACCACCGCUGUCGCACGGCGAAGACACCGACGCCGCCCUGCCCCAUCAGCUGCCUUCGCUCCCCAUUGCGACUCUUCACGCACCCCUCUCUGCACCGCUGCGCUCGUCAGGCUCUCUCAACAUCCCUCAAACAACUUCAAGUAAUAAUAAUGCUGCUCCUGCUGCUGCUGCGUCCUUACCAGGGAACAAAACAAAGCACGCCGAAGGCGACGACGAGGGAGAAAAGAAGCUGCCGAGCAUUACACGGUCGGCAACGGGUGGCGUGUGGCGCUCGAACAGCGUGAUUGGGAGAGCACGUGGGAUGAAGCCGCUGUCGCUACGCGUGAAAGCCUGUCCCCCCUCUUCCCCCGCUGCAUUAACCGAUGAAGGCGCGGAAGAUGCUGCGGCUACUGCUCCUGCGAAAGGCCCAUUUCAGGGCACCGCAUCGACAGAGGAGCGCCACCUGCAUUCUGCGGAGACGCAGCCGCACCCACCAUCGCCACCUCGUUCACCGCAACGUAAACGUCCGCAGCGACCACCGCCGCAACAACAAACGGCUACCUCGUUUUCACUUGCACGACUGCGCAAGUCUACAACUCCGUCAUCACCGUCGCCUCCACCAAAUAUGGAUUCCGUUCCUGCGGUGUACCGCCCCACCGCUGUUCAAUUUUCGAAAGCGGUGCUUCGGCUCAACAAGAUGACAACCAGCACCUGCACCGCAGCGGACACGACCUCCUUGGAGUUUGUUGAAGAACGAAAUGGCAAACGGGUUGAUCGACGUCACGCCGACAACGGCGGCCCCUCGUACGAGACACCAACCCCGUCAUUGUCGCUGUCACGUCUGCGCAAGCUCAUGCACGUGUCGUUGCUCCCGCUCACCAUCUGCACCGACGGUGCUGCGGUGCUGCUGGUAGACCCGAACGGUACAUCGCGGCAUGGAAACUAUGUGCAGGCAGUGAAGACGUAUCUGCGACGGCGAGCUACAGCUCAGCUUUCCGCCUCAUCGGCUUCGCGUGUGCUGUGGUGGACGGCGGAGGACGCACACGACUGCAAAGGUGUGCUACCGCUCUCGCGCGCUCGUGCCUCCUGUGCAGACGGCGAUCUCGCAUUCGGCGUGUCCGGCGACGACUGCGCUCCACUCACGUCAUCGCUGGCCAAGGUCCGAUGCAACAGCAGUAUUUUCCUUUCCAGCGUCCAGCCAGACCGUUUGACGUUACCGUUCGGGAACGGCCUGCUUCUGCUGUUGAUGCCGGAAGCAGCGGGUGCAUCCACGGCGUCGGCGGACGCAGCUCUCGGUGACGACGCACGCUCGAAGGAGCAACGGCACGCCGAUGCCGAUGCAUCCCCCCGCGCUGCUCUCCACGGCGUCCGCCCCGCCUCUCCAGCCGCCUCGUCGCUUAGUCAGGACCUUUUGACAGACCUGUGUCACGGCUACCUGCCCUCGCUGUUGGAGUCGGUGUACCCCAACGGCGGUGUGCAGCUGCGGGGGUGUUGGUGCACGCUGAGCAGCAGCGGAGAUGAAAGCGACGUCAGCUCUGCGCGACAUCAGCAGCAGCCUCACAACGCUUCCCAUACAUCCUCGCGGGUGUCAGCGGAUGGCGCCUCAAGCGGAACGGAAGGUGCGGUGGACGACUGCGUGGCAGCCCUCUCAAUUGCUGAAGCGCUGGUGCAUCCUCCGCACCCCCUCCUGACUGGCACAUCGGAAGAUCCUCGUCUUUCAUCGUCGGCGGCGGCCGUGGCAGCACGAGUUAUGCAGUCACUCCAGCCCACCUCGCUUCCACGUGCACCUGCGAGGGCAAACGAUGCAUCGCAACGCGAUCUCCCGCCGGCGCUCGUUCUGGACCUUCAGCCACCUGUCAUGCAGUUUGCGCUGCACCUCGGCGUCGCAGCACCGAUGCAGACGACGAAAAGCUCUGCAGAAGCGCGUUCUGACGAAAACUCGGAGCAUGUACCUCAGUCCCUCUCGUCUCAUCCCUUGUCCGACACCACCACAUCAAAGAUGCGGUUUCCAGCAGGGGCGAUGACACCGUCGUUAGCGCUCGCCGUGCACGAGGCUGACGUAGUGAUGGGAAGUGACCAGCGGGCCCUCAUCACGGCCGCGCGAUCCACUUUUUCCAAGAGUGGUUUGGUGUUUGUGGGUCCGCUCUUACGGGGUUCUCCACGCGUCUUUGGCACAGCAGCAGCUGCACUGUCGGCCCGUCCUGCUGUGGAAGCUCACCGCAGUCCAUGUCAGUCCGCCAUGGUGUUGACGCCCAUGGGGCGCGUAGAGCUGGUGGUGGAGCAGGGAGCCAACAAGGGCCUGACAGGCAGCGUCGCAUCCGCGUCCUCCUUCGGCUCUCCCGUGACCAUACGCGACGUGAAGCGCAGUCUUUGUCGCUGCGCGGUGGGGCAAGCGCUGCAGCUUACGGAAGCAGACGUGGCUCUGGUGUACGCCCCAGGCACGCCGGUGUUGCAGGACCAAGAUGAAGUCCCACGGAGCCACGUCGUGUUGCGGCUCAGGCGGCGUUCGAUCCACGUGAGGUGA